AUGCCAUUUAUUCCAUCUGUUGAUCGACCCUUUGGGAUUUACCUCUGGGACGUGAUGGACCAAUCAAUUGCUUGGAUCACCGACGGUAAGAUUAUCCCCAGUCAAUUUGAGUUUAUCGAAGGCCAAACAAGAUUCUCAACCUUCCCCCCAGUUGGUAUGGCCAUUUUCGUCUACUAUGCUGUGAUCUUUGGUGGUGAUUUCUUGUUCAAAUCUUUCAAAGUUAAACCUUUGAAAUUGAAUGGCUUAUUCCAACUCCAUAACUUCUUUUUAACAGCCUUAUCCUUGUCUAUUUUGGUCUUGAUGAUUGAACAAUUGAUUCCAACCAUCUAUCACCAUGGCUUAUUCUACGCUAUCUGUAACGAGAAGAACUGGACUCAAGAAAUGGUGUUUUUGUAUUACUGUAAUUACAUCACCAAGUUUAUUGAAUUCAUCGACACUAUUUUCCUCGUGGUUAAACAGAAAAAAUUAACCUUCUUACACACUUACCAUCAUGGAGCCACCGCUUUGCUUUGUUACUUCCAAUUGGUUGGCGAAACUCCUAUUUCUUGGGUCCCCAUCACUUUGAACUUGGGUGUUCAUGUCGUGAUGUAUUGGUACUACUUUUUGGCGGCAAGAGGUAUUAGAGUCUGGUGGAAACAAUGGGUUACACGGUUCCAAAUCAUUCAAUUUGUUAUUGAUUUGGCUUUUGUCUACUUUGCUUCAGGUAUCAAAAUCAUGUACGUUCAUUUCCCUGAAUAUUGUGAUAUGACUAAGUUCUGUGAUGAUUGUGCUGGUACUAUGACUGCUGCUUAUUCAGGCGUUGCCAUUUUAUCUUCUUAUUUGGUUUUGUUCAUUAUGUUUUAUAUUGAAAACUACUUGAAGAAGGCAAAGAGAGCCAAAGCCAAGAAGGAGUAA